AUGGACGAAGCCCUUCAGAAUGCCGUGGCUCAAUUCGUUGAGCGCCACCCCCAUUCUCAACGCCUGCACAAGCAAGCGUUAGAGAGUUUGCCUGGAGGUAACACCCGCACCCUACUGCAUACCGCGCCUUUUCCAGUGUUCAUGUGCAAAGGCGAGGGGUUUAAAUUGUGGGACGAGGAUGGAAAUCAAUACUACGAUUUGGUCGGCGAGCUAUCCGCUGGUCUUUAUGGCCAUUCAAACCAAACCCUACAGCGAGUGUUGACUGAAACUAUCCAAAAUGUUGGCCUUACCCUUGGGGCUACCAACGUAUAUGAGCAGCGAUAUGCAUCAUUACUCUGUGAGCGCUUUGGACUUGAGCGCUUGAGAUUCACCAACUCCGGAACGGAAGCAAACCUGCACUGUCUUGCUGCUGCGAGAAAAUUUACCGGUAAACGCAAGGUUAUGGUCUUCCGUGGCGCGUAUCACGGCAGUGUUCUGUCUUUUGGAGAUGGUGUCGCGGAAAACAAUGUCGACCAAAAUGACUGGGUCCUGGUGCAAUACAAUGACUCGAACGGUGUUCGGGAGGCCUUCGCUCAGCAUGCCGACAUUGCCGCUGUCAUUCUAGAGGGUGUUCAGGGCGCAGCUGGGUUUAUUUCGGGAUCCAAAGACUUCCUACAGACGGUCCGUGAACAGAGUAAAGAAGCCGGGGCAUUAAUGAUCCUGGACGAGGUGAUGACAUCCAGACUAGCCCCUGGUGGGCUUAAAGAGACCCUUGAUGUCGAACCAGAUCUUAUCACUCUGGGUAAAUAUCUUGGUGGUGGAUUGCCAUUCGGGGCCUUUGGUGGACGACGCGAUAUCAUGGACGUGUUCAAUCCGCUCACGCCAGGGGCUCUUGUACACUCUGGCACAUUCCAGAACAAUACUCUGAUGCUACAUGCUGGCUUCGCUGGCCUUACCGAGGUGUAUUCUCCUGAAGUUGCACAGGCAUUCAAUGCCCGGGGCGACGAGUUGCGUCAGCGUUUGCAAGAGCUCUUCGCAGGCACCAAGUUAUGUGUCACUGGUCGAGGCUCCCUCAUGUGUAUCCAUGCCACUCAGACCGGGCUCUUACCUGAACACAUUGAUUGCAAAGACACUGUCGCGGCUGUAGAGGCGACUGAUCUCAAAGAGCUUUUCUGGCUGGAGCUUGUGAAUGCUGGUUUCUGGGUACAAAGUCGUGGAUCGAUCACUCUGAGCAUCGUUAUGCCUGCUUUGAUUACCGAUACAUUUGUUUCGGCCGUUCGAGAAUUCUGCAGGAAGCACACAACUUUGAUUAGUGUUUAG